AUGACGACAAGCACAGAGCUGAGCCAGAAAGCAUCUACGUGGCUGUCCCAAACCCUUGCAACCGAGCAGCGCCCAGUCACCUUUCGUGAGCUGGCACGCGAGCUGAAUUGUCACAUCCACACCGCGAAAAACCUGCUGAAUGACUAUCUCUCGACUUACGAUGCAGUGCCGACCUUCCUCGUCUCCGGCCCCCUCCUGGCCCACUCCACUCUAGGCCACACGCAGACAAUGCUCUCCCAAGAAGCACCACCGACGCAGUCGCUCGCUCACCUCUCUGCGACCCAGAAGGUGCGCAUUGUCAACAUGGACGAGCAGAGCGACGAUGGCAACUCGGAGGCUGGCGACCCCGAGGAGGAAGUUGAAGAACUCGGGGCAAGAACGGAGGCGAUGGAGGAGGACACCGAAAGCCAACAACGUCCCCAAAAAGAGGGAGACGUGGCGCGAUGGGGUGUGGUGCUGGUAGGAGCGGAUGAGCUUGACGACAAGCGCAAGCUGUUCGAGGUCGCGGCAGUUCAAGUCUACGCUAUUGCUCCAGCUCCUAUUAAGGACCCGGCGAUCCUCCUCAGCUCGGCGUUUGGGCUGCGUGAGAAGAGCGACUACCUCGUGUCGUCGCUGGGUACCAUCGUGGGCGAGGCUCUCCUCGCUACACAAUCCAAACCCGUGGUACAGUCGAGCGACAAGAAGCCGGCCCCGAAGAAGGAAGACAAACCGGCCAAGCAAGAGCCGACUAACAAACUCGUGAAGAAGGAGGUUGUCAAGCCGGCUGUGAUGAAGGAACGGACACCACCAAAGCCGCAGAAGUUGUCUGCCUCGCGGAGCAAGCGGCGAGUCAUCGCUUCGGACAGCGAGGAAGAAGAUAUUGAAGUCGCGCCGGCCCAAAGAAAGGCUCCACUGCAGCAGACGUCAUCGAUGGAGGAGGACGUCUCACAGCCAAUGCCCAAGUCUGCCGUCAAGGCCAAGCCAGCAAGUAGUGAGGAGGGGGCGAAGAAGCGCAAGCGGCGCCGUGUCAAGAAGUCGAAGAUGGAGAAGGACGCCAAAGGAUACAUGGUUACCAAGGAUUACUGGACGGAUGAGUCGUACUCUGGUUCUGAAACAGACACCGAGAGCCCUACCGAAACUGCUCGUGUAUCAUCCAAGCUGGGCUCCAGUAGGAGCCAGGAACCGUCGCGAACCAGUUCGAGCGCGUCGGCUGCAGGGCCAAGCCGUCCCAGCAGCAAAGGCAUAGCCAAGAAGGCUCAGAUGGGCCAAAGUACGUUGGCGGGUUUCUUCAAGAAGAAAUGA